AUGCUGGCCUUUCCUCAUCCUCAGAACAUGAACUUGGUGGACGUGAAGUUUCCAGUAGUUGCUGUCUUUUGCGUUUAGCCAUAUCUCUAUCUCUGUAUCUUUUCUAACAACAGUGGCUUGCAGAUUAUGCAACUUAAAUACAUCCUUGGUGCAUGUAAAACUACUUUGCACCAGCUUUCGAGAUGACCAAUCAAGCCUAUAUACUAAUACAGCUAGGUAAGAGAUCACAAUUUCAUAAUUUGACCUUCAUCUUUGUAUUUUCACGCACUACUCAGUUAAAAGGUAGCUAUUCUCUGCUCUUUUUCACAAAUGCAUUAAAUCCAUCUUCAUGAAAGUUGUAUGGUUGGUUAAGGGGAUCCCACUUCAUGAACUUCGGUGUAUGUAGAAGUGGAAACAUACAGUUGCUACAGCGAAGUUGGAUGGGAUUUCUCAAAGAGCUUCCAGGAUGAGCAGCCUUUUCAACACAUUGACACAAUUUGGGCAUGUGAUUGGCAAAAGAGUUUCUGUUUGAUUAUGCCAAGUUUCUUUGCAGUUUAUGCCAUCUGGCUUUCCUUUAAACCCUUGUGCCAAGUGUUCAAUUGUUACUCUAUCCAGAAAGAUGUCUUCAAGUUGAAUUCCCAAAACGAAAUAAUCCAGGUAGUUACACCAGUUCCUCUCGCAUUCAGGGCAUGGGGUUGCAUACUCGAGAAGUUUCACAUGAUCAUUAGAACAGCAUAUUUUAUAAUGUUUGAAUGCUUGGUAACCAAGGUUCUUCAAAUAACUAAUGACAGACAGCCAAUUUUUGUGUGGAAUACGUUCAUCGUCAAGAGGCUCAUGAACAUCAGGAUCAUCAAAGUGGUGAUCAUCCUGAAUGGCUGA